AAACUUUUCUCUAUAUAGACUUUUAAUCCUCCAUUUAUCUCUCGUUCUAAAUUUUUUGCACUUUAAUCAGGGACCAGUCUGUCGCUACUUGUGCCUUUCAUGGGAACAAAAUUUGUGAUCGGCCUUCCGUUUGUAAUUGUAUUUCUGGUGAUCAAAUUCAAAAGGAGGCAUUUGUCCAUGUAUGAUGCGAUUGAAGGCUUUUUGCAAACACAAAACAAUUUCAUGCCAAUCAGAUAUAACUACUCCCACAUAAAGAGAAUGACCAGAGCAUUCAAAGAGAAAUUAGGUGAGGGAGGUUACAGCAGUGUAUACAAAGGAAAGCUUCAAAGUGGAAGAGAUGUAGCAGUGAAGAUAUUGAACAAGCCUAAAGCUGGUUGUCAAGACUUCAUGAAUGAAGUGGCUACCAUUGGAAGGAUCCAUCAUGUCAAUGUGGUCGGGCUCGUGGGGUAUUGUGUUGAGGGAACAAUACGUGCUCUUGUAUACGACUUCAUGCCCAACGGAUCACUCAACAAGUACAUCAGCACCAGUCAACAAGGAAGUCCUCUGUUAAGUUGGCAGAGGAAGUAUGACAUUAUUCUUGGAGUGGCUCGAGGAAUUGGGUAUUUGCAUCGAGGCUGUGAUGUACAAAUUUUGCAUUUUGACAUCAAGCCACACAAUAUUCUUUUGGAUGAGAAUUUCAUUCCAAAGAUUUCUGACUUUGGGCUUGCAAAAUUAUAUACAACAAAUAAUAGCAUUGUGAACCUCACAGCUGCUCGUGGAACGAUUGGAUAUGUAGCUCCAGAGUUGAUCAGCAGAAGCAUUGGGGCAAUCUCUUACAAAGCUGAUGUUUACAGCUUUGGAAUGCUGCUAAUGGAAAUGCUGGACUUGAAUAGACAUGAAGUUGCAAAUGAAGAGAAUUCCAGCCAAUAUUUUCCUUAUUAUAUUUACGAUAAGUUCAACAAGGGGAAGGUGAUUGUUGUGGAUGAAGAAGCAAAUGACGAUGAAAAGAAGAUGGCUAGAAAGCUGACUUUAGUUGCGCUAUGGUGCAUACAAACAAAUCCGUUACAACGCCCUUCGAUGAGUAGAGUAUUAGAAAUGCUUGAAGGUGAAGUUGAAGUGCUAGAAGUACCUCCUCAGCCUCUUCAAUCUCAACCGAUUGUUCAUCAGAUGAUGGGAAGUUCCAUGACAUUUUCGUCUGAUUCAAUCACUUUGUUAGAAAAUUCCGCGGAUAAUCCCGUUGAAUUAGACAUAUGUUUUGAUUGACUCAUAGUUGAUGUAAUGUUUUUGUGAAAUAACAAAUAUUAAUGUUUGGGAAUGAGGUGUUGUUAUUGUGGUACGUACUAGUUCUGCAAGGCAAAGUUGCCAACCACAUAAUAGUAGUGAAUGACCAUCCACUGUGUUACUUCUUCACCACGCACCACAAAAUCUUCAACUGAUAAUGAGCCAAAGAUUGCGUUGAUCACAAAUAUUGGUACAUAGAGGCAAACCAGGUUGCAAUGGAGGUACAUAUAUUACUUCAUUUGACACAACUCCAAGACCCGAUAGAUGAUUGAUGAGUACAAAUCAAUGGGAGCUCCUUCAUUCAGGGUCAAGAAGAAGAGAUCUAGUAGCUAUCAUUUAUGGCCACUUUGAACAGUUCGUUUUGCUUCUAGUGGCUCUUAUCAAA